GCAUAAUUGUGUGAAUUGUGUGACGUCAUCGCUGCGUGGCUGGUGGUUCCGCACCGCGAUGAUGAUGAGCAAACACUGAACACUGGUGUCUUCGUUCCCGCCCCACACAAUGAAAGUGAUGUGAACGCAAGUGGAGCGUGUGCGAGCGUGCAUGUCCACUGACAUGUGGAGACACGCCGCGAGCCCUUUGUUCUUGUGCUAAUGUGUGUUACAGAAGCGUUGUGCAGGCGACACUCCAACAGCUCUCCCUCACACAUCCUAUACUGUUGCUGUGCUGCCAGGACCCGGCAUCCUCGUGAGUGUUGCUGCUUGAGCGCCCGACAUCCCUCCCAGGAUGCAUUCUCGACCUUUGGUGCGGCCAUCGCCACUGUUGCCGUUUGUGCUGUUGGUGGUGACGCUGCUGCUGAGCAGCAUGUGCAUCGGGAACAGCGCCGCCCUGCCAGAGACCACCGCCCUGCCAGAGACCACCGCUCGGACAACGGCUUCGACCUCGACAACAGCACAGGCCCCUGUCCUGAUGCGGCCCUCGCAGCCUGUGCUGCACGACAUUCCCAAGUUCGUGUUCAUCAAGACUCACAAGACAGGCUCGUCGAGCAUCUCUAUCAUGCUGGGGUACGCGAUUGAGAAGCGGGGCAUGAAGCCGGCCGUGCCGUGCUCACUUGCGUUUGGCUACCCACACGACUGGCGCUCCUUCACGCACUCGCUGUGUGGCCGCGACAAGCUCAACUUCACGGGCGUCAUCAGCCACCUGCGGUGGACGGAGGUCACGCGCAACACCCUGCUCCCCGUCAUGGGUCCCGAGAAGCCAGUCAUCUUCACCAUCGCACGCGAUCCCAUCUCGCGGUUCAUCUCGGCGGUGCGCUUCUACGGCAACCAGGAGUUCCGCACGCUCACCAACUGGACCGGCACGGCGACGGACGAGUGGAUGAGGUUUGCACUGGAGCAGCUGUCGAAGGAGAGCGUGCGCGAGCAGAUUCCCGGGUUCAUGCCGCAGUGGCACCUGAUCGGCUACGCCUUCGACUUCGGCUUGCAGGACGAGUACGAGCCAGAGCCGACUGAGGCCUUUUACAGCGCAGCAAAGAAGUUUAUCGACUCCUUGGACUUUGUGCUGCUUUACGAGGAGUGGGACCUGUCCAUGGCCAUCCUAAAGGAACACCUCAAACUCUCCCUCCACGACGUCAUCUACCCGCACCUCAAGAAGACGGGCCGCUCCCAGGUCGAGCUGUCACCGCAGACGCGCGAGCUCUUCUGCAAGGUCCUGUGGUCGGACUGCGUGUUGUUUGACCUGAUGAAGCAGCGGUUCCGCAACACCAUCGACCAACACCUCCUUCGCGAGGCGCGGGCGAUUCAAGGCAUCAACAAACUCGCACACGAGCGCGGGGAGGUCCCAGACUUUGAGGACGAACCCAAGUAUUACGAGCACUUGCGAGAAACGUUUGGUGGCAUAAACCCCUGAUGUAUGUGUUCACAUGCAAGCAGGAUGAUGUUGUAAAUGAUUGCUAUCGAUUCGUGUUCGUACAUGACAUGGCAUUACUCCAUGCUGCUAUUCGCUGAGCAAUUGAAACAGAAUGAAAGCAUAGUUCAAGUAAAGUACGCAAGCCCUG